ACCUGCAUCAUCAUCACUCUAUUUCCUCCACACACACACCAUUAAUCCCUUCACUUGUUUUUUUUGUUUUUUUUCCUCUUUCCCCUUCUAACACAACAAUUCAUCCUUUGACAACAGUGCUUAAAGCUUGUCAAAAACCCUAAUCUCUCCCUCUCCCUCCUCCUGUUAUAUCACUCUUGAAGAGACAACAGACAUGGACCUGACCUCCAGCUGUACCCACACAAUACAAACCUUCGAUGCUGAUACUAAGACCACACCACCCGUCAACCCCACCAAUAAUACCACCCCAAAGUCUCUAUCUUUCACCAACGGCACCCCAAAGCGCCACCCCUCCACCACCGCCGCUCCACCGCCUCAACCACCCUCCAUGGUCGUUACCUACAAAGAAUGCCUCAAAAACCACGCCGCCAGCCUAGGUGGCCAUGCACUUGAUGGCUGUGGCGAGUUCAUGCCUUCCUCCUCCACCAACCCCACCGAUCCUCGCUCCCUCAAGUGCGCCGCCUGUGGCUGCCAUCGCAACUUCCACCGCCGUGAUCCUCGGGAACACAGUAACCUCAACAACAACAACAUUCACGGCGCCAACCCCAACACCGCCGCCACCACGAACAAUAACCCGACUUUCCUAAGCUGCAUCUACACCCCUUCGGCACCGGCACCAAUCUCUCAGCGAGCCAUGAGCCAAAGCACGAGUCCCAGCCUGAGUUCGAGCCCGAGCCACAGUCCGAGCCCAAUGUCAAGCCCCUCACCUCCUCCACUCUCCCACGUGCCACCGUACCACGCUUCGGCACCCCACAUGCUUUUAGCCCUCGGCACUGGCUACUCUACUCCCUCCGAUGAACACCCCCACCACCGAGGCCUAACCUUUUCGAGCGUGAUGUUGAAGAGCGAGAACCCGAAGAAGAGGUACAGGACCAAGUUCAGCAAGGAGCAGAAGGAGAAGAUGCAAAACUUCUCUGAGAAACUGGGGUGGAGAAUGCAGAAAGGGGAUGAUGGAUUGGUCCAGCAAUUCUGCAAUGACAUUGGGGUCUCUAGAGGGGUCUUCAAGGUGUGGAUGCACAACAACAAGAACACCUUUAGGAGAAGAUUGGAUCAAGGGGAAAAUGCAAAUCCAAACGCAAAUGCAAAUUCUCCUCAAAGUAUCGGAGAUCAUGAUGACGGCAAUAACACCAGUGGUGGAGGUGGAUUUGAUAGUGAUAUCAACAACCCCUACAACCCAAGUAGCAACAACAAUGACAUUCACAUGAAUGAAGGAGAUGGAUGUGGCAAUGUUCAUGUCUCUCUUAAUGGACUGUCAUCUUAGCUACCUUUAUUUCCUCAAGAAACUUAGACGGUAAUGGAGCUGGAAGCAAAGCAAUUUCACCAUGAUCAUUAUUGUUUAUUGCCAUCUUUUUGGGUUUUAUUUUUCUUUUUGAAAUCAACUAAGACUAUAGGAAGAUUCUAAGGGUUUCUGGGUUUCUAUUAAAAUAUCGUAUUACUGUGUUUAUGUUCAUAGACUAUGAAAUUAGUGUCACCAGGACAUGUCUCACCUUCUUCUGCAGAUAGCUCUUAUUGCUGUCACGUUUUCUCUUUGAUAAAGUGCAGGUAUAUAUUUGAAGUGAUUUAA